AUGCUCGGCUUCGCAGCCCCACCGCCGCUCACGGGCCGCGCCCGCUCCACGCGCUCUCUCCACCGGCCCUUCACCCCCCUCUGCACGCAGGCCCCACCCACGAAACCCAAGUCCCGCCCCAAUGUGUCCGCCCCCACCGCCACCACCUACAACGACGGGCGCUUGGCCCUGGCCACCAUUGCCCUCUUCCGCCGCGCCAUGCGCCCUUACGUCGGCUGGACGAGCCCGCGGGCAGGCUAUUCGGGAUUCGUCGAGGAAUGCCGCAUGCUCAUGGCGCGCGUAGGCCCGGCCGAGCAGCAGCGCGUCGUCCGCAAAACACUCGACAUGCUCUUCGUCGCCCCGUACGGCUCCACCGCUUUCAAAACCGCGUUUGCACACCCGCAGCUCAACGCGCGCAUCACCCCGGCCGUCUUCCAGUGGCUCGUCGGCCCGUGCGAGACCAACCGGCCUCCCGAGGGCGGGUGGGGCGUCAAGAUUGAUAAGUGUCGCUUCUUGGAUGAGUCGGGCUGCAAGGGACUGUGCGUCAAUAUGUGCCAGCAGCCGACGCAAAACUAUUUUACAGACGUCCUCGGCUUGCCAGUUAGGAUGACCCCGGACUACGAGGAUAAGAGCUGCCAGAUGACCUUUGGUGUGGCCCCAUUGCCGUUGGAAGACGACCCUGCCAUUAGCGGCGAAUGUUUUGUCGAUUGUAAGAUGUCCGGCUCAGUUAAGCAACGGGACGCGACAUGCUAUGUCACCGGCCGGCCGAACAAGAAUAAACGAUGA